ACUAAGGCUGGAAGCUUUUCGAAUUCUGAUGACCUUGGCUUGAUUUGGAAGUGUCGCUGUUGUGUAAAAAGAUUUUCAUUUAAUGUGAUGUAAAUGAUUUAUUCACUAGCCCCGCAGUGUUUUAACAAAAGUCACUGACACCUUUUUCCUUUGUUCACGUGCAAAUGAAUUCAAUACUGAAUUUGUUGAUGGAUUUCUGUCUCGUUCGUUUCCGCUUGGAGCUCUCUACUUCUGUGGUCUCCUUUGGAUCAGCUUUACAAAUCUCUCAUGUUACAUUAUUUUAAUGUUAGAAGCACUUACUUGAAAUACGAUCCAACAAAGACGAACUCCCAUCAACACAUUGUCAGAAUUCCUAACACCUUUGAGAGAAAUCUGAGACGGACUCGAAGCUUCAUCAAUGAAGUGAGUAACUUGGUGUGACUUCGAUCUCACGACUAGAGCUUCCAACUAUAAUAUCCUCACUCCGUGGUUCUUUAUUUAACAGAGGAAUUAGUUCUUUAUUGUAUAGAAACUGUAAUGGAGACGAAUACCCCUGAGAGUAUCGAGGUAAAGCUCGAAAACAAAGAUCUUUGGGCGAAGUUCAACACGUUGGGUACUGAAAUGGUCAUCACGAAAGCUGGAAGGCGCAUGUUUCCAUUUCUAGAAGUGUCAAUCAAAGGCCUGCAUCCAGACGAGACGUAUAUGGUCAUCCUGGACAUUACCUUGGUUGAUGAUCGAAGAUACAAAUACAACGAAAGAGAAAAUCACUGGCAGAUUGUCGACUCACGGUUACUUUCCCCCACCCCUGUGGGGAUGUUUGUACACCCGGUGUGUCCUUGCAGCGGUAAAGAAGUCUGUGCGCAGCCCAUGUCGUUUAAUAAGGUCAAGUUGACCAACAACUACCACAAAGUUCCCUUUGGUGGGCAUAUCCUUCUAGAGUCCAUGGGUCGUUAUGUCCCGCGACUUAGUAUCGUAACUUACCACGACUACUAUAACCAAAGCUGGGAAAAGGGUGUAGCGUUCAUGUUUAGAGAAACUGAGUUUAUUACUGUCACUGCAUACAUGAACAAAGAGAUUACAAAACUCAAGAUUGACAACAAUCCAUUCGCAAGGGGAUUCCGGGAAAAUGGCCUAAAAUGGAAAGUCCUUCAUGAUUCGAUUUACGGCAGUGAUGUAAAUAGUAUCGACUAUGAAAAUGACCAAAUGGCUGAUGAAAGUAGAGAGACAGAGGCACCGUUGGCUAUGACUUACUUGAGCAACGAAGAAGAUAAUGAUGAUGGUAUACAAGUUUUCCACGUCAACCCUUCGUCCAUCAUCGUAACAGAUGUACUUCCAUCUCUACCUUCUACCAGCUGUCUGAUAACCAGCACCAACUUUCCUUCUUCUUCUUCGAAAAUAUCCACCAAUUCUGAAGAAGUGAACGUUGUCUUUGAACCUGUGCACAAUGCUUCGACAGACACUCGGGGAAGAGUUGGUCAAACAUCGUCAUACGAAGCAGAGAAAACUGGACUAGAUUCCUUGUUGUAUUCAAGGAGUCCGUUGCAAAGUAUUACUGUGGAUAAGAGUCAGUUUAUAACAAGUGAAAAUUCUGGUGGUAAAUCCAACAGCAGUGAUGUGUGGGUACAAGGAAUCGUUGGAGAUGACGCCGAGGAAGACAUUCUUUGCAAAGUCUCUGAUGUUAGAAGCAUUAAAGAAGCGCCACUUCCUUCAGAUAAACAAGAAAAUACGACAAGAAUGUUGUCGUCUUUGGAAUGCGAAGAAAAUGUGGAGUGUUUUUCUGAUAAAAACGAAGAAGGCUAUUCUAAAGACAAAUGUGAAAGAAUCGCGUCAGAAACAACAACGAACAGCUUGAAAAACGAAGAAAACUGCUUGGCUGAAGAAGGCAAGUUGGCACAGGCAAAUAAAGACUCAAAGUGUGUUGACAAUAAUGAAACUUUCGUAGGAAAAAACGAGAACUAUUUUGAUCAAAUGCGCAAUGGUGAUGGUUGGGAUGAUAAUAGUCCCUCCGAUAAUUCUUCAGAACUAACGAGAAAAACUAUCGAUAUCCAAGACGUUAAUAAAGAUAAAGCUAUCUCCCUUACUGAGGGGAAGCUGGUACAUGAAAACACCGUCAAAGAAACCCAAUUAAAUGACUUUAUUUCCGCUUGUGAUGAAAGAAUCGCCAUAGGAAAUGAAGAAUGUAACAGCAUGGAAGACGAUGUGGAGGAAAGAAAUUCGCGAGACGCAGUUGACGCACGGCCAUCAGAAAAGGUGCAAGAACAACAGAAUAAAAAAGUAAUGAGCUCAAACGCGAAGGAAUAUAAUAGCUCUCAAGGGAAUGUGGAUAUUGACAACGUGAAAGAGUUUACAUUAAAUGGAGAAUAUAGAACAGAAAACACCUCAAAACCUCAGAUUUCAAAGCUGUUGAAUUUCGUUAACUCGGUCUCGAUGCCUGUUUUAAAAUUUGGAGCUGAAAAGGAAACAUUGUCGUCGAACAAAGAUACGAGUGACAGUUUGCUCAAGAAAUCACCAGAAAAACUAGCUUAUCUUGGGAAAAAACGACCUGUGGACGAUAGACCGGGUUUGGUGGUAAAAAAAGGGAGAUUGAUGAACCAAUUAAAUGAAGGAGUGAAAUCUUUAGACCAAUCAAGUAAUGUGUUUUCAUCAAUUAACCAAUCGAAAGACUCUUUGAAAUCUUUGGACCAAUCAGAUAAAAGAUUAAGGUCCGUCAGUCAUUCAAAUGUGAUUUUAAAAUCUAUGGGCCAAUCAAAAGAAUCCUUGGAAUCUUUGAACCAAUCAGAUAAAAGAUUAAAGUCUAUGAACCAUUCAAGUGACAUUUUAAAAUCUGUGGACCAAUCGGAAAGAAACUUGAAAUCUGUGCAUCGAUUAAGCGGAGAGGUUACAAAACCUACGAAAUUGCCCAAUAAUUCUGGACAUCAUCAAAACAAGAAACUUCAUUCAAGCAUUUCUAGCUUAACUCCUUUGCGAGACAAUACCAAGAAAGAAUUCUGCAACGAAAGAAGCCCGCGAUUUGAAUCGAAGAUUUUCCAGGAACAAAGAGCGAACCACGAAACCUCGAAAGAAAGACCCGAGGACAAAAUAUCAAUGGGGAUCCGAACGACAGUUAUAAAUGUUGGUCACGAAGAACUUGCAAAACCUCUGGUGGCAAAUGGAUUACAUCCUCGUAACUCCUUGUAUCGUACAAAAUACAUAGAGAAGUUUGAAGCCAGGAAAGAAAGAGGUUCUGCAUUGCAAAGAUUGAGUCAAGUGAACAGCACUAGAAAUGAAGACCCGUCAUGUAUGGAAAAAGACGGUGGAAUGAGACAUGUGGUUGGAAAUCAAAAUGAAGUGCUGGUGGAAAGUGUUUCUAUGAAGAGCCUUCCCGUGAUACUUAGCUCUUACAGCAUUCACCCUUCGAAUUUUUCAAACCAAAAAAUUAUCGAUUUAAAUAACGAAACAAGAGUCGAUGAGAACAGAGUUCCAAAAGUUUAUCCUGCAGAGAGUUUUCUCCUCAAAGAAAAUACAGGCAAGGAUGUUCAUGAGAAGUGUCCCAUCAAGACUGACCCAAGAUGUCAACCGAUACUUGGGGAAGAGAAGAGAGACGCGUGCGUGCAUCCUGGAAAGAGUAAAUCAUUCUACAGAAAAAUCAUUCCCAAACCGAUGUCUCUUGGAAGUCAACAUUCACUCAGCAAGCAACAAGAGUUCAUCGACCUGAACAGUCAGGCUACCUUCUAUCAGAGACAAGCGGACAAUCCUUAUCAAAGUUACUACGCGAACAAAGGAGUACCUCUGCAAGUACUUUAUACCUUCGAGACUAGGAUGUCCCUCAGCAGAGCACCGGAUCCUCGACUACCUGAAGUCUAUAAUCCGACUAGAACAACUUUCACAGGAUAUGCGUCUAAUCUUAUAUGCAGCACACUGCCUAUUGCUACAAACAUGGGGUUUUCGCCAGCUGCUCCUGGGAAGUAUUACUGAAUACAUCAUCAUCCUCAAUGGUGAAACUGAGCCGAGCUGGAAUUCCAGUGAAUUGUGGGACUGUUUUUUCCCUCAUCCUCGGAAAGGCAAAUAGAAGGCAUUAAUUGAAAUGGAAAAUGUGGAAUAAUGGAGAUAUGUGCUUGGUUGAUGGUUAGUUACAAUGUACAAAAAAAUAUCACCGCAGCAUAUCAGUGGACAGAGUUUAUUAAGAAUUUUAUUUUUUUCCGGUUAUCAAUAAUAUUUAUGUAUUUCAAACUUCAAAAUAUAUUUUUGAGAAAUAUUUUUAAUAUUCAAACUUGUUUUAAUCCCUUGCGAUUUUAAUAAACCCAAGAGAGACGUUAACUGUCUGUCUUAUGAUGCGUAUUUGAAUACAAAAUGGCAAGUGAAAACGCUUGGUGAUUGGUUAAGCAUCACGUGACGUCAUUACGUCAUAAAUUAAUUAUGAAUUACUGUUCGUCUAAAAAUACUAUUUUUUCAAAUUAUAUCAUCGUAAUACGUCUUCUCACAUAAAAAAUAAAUUUAUUUUGAUUGCUAAUUUUAGAUUUUAGAUUUCGGAUUCCUAUUUAUUUAUAAUAUUCACGUGAUCAUAGCGUGGCUUUAGUUGCUCGUGGUCGAGAAGCAUGUUUAAGGAAUAUAAGGAAAGGUGGAACUUUUGUUAGCGUACGAAGACCAAAGAAGACCUUUACCAGGCACUGUACCCGGCAUUCUACCUUGUGUACGAGGAUUCUUUUCCCCUCAAAAGUAAACUAAUUAUUUAAGAUAAUAA